CAUCGACCUGGCCUGGGAGCACAACCACUCAACUGAUAAUCUUGAAGCAUCUAACUUUAAGUACUUGUGCACGGAAGUGAUUGAAAAGAUAACGAAAUUGUAUGAAGCUGGUCACACUCCUUUGACAGCAAGGCAACAGUAUCUUAAAGACCUCCGAGUCAUUUGUAAAAAUGACAUGGAAUUUCAUGUAAAGAAAGCUGAUCGGUCAACAACACCACGAAGAAGGGACUUUCGUUAUAUUUAUGAGCAGUUUGAGAAAGAAACUUUUGGUGGAAAGCAUGAUGGGAUGUUUCACAAACUUGUUGAAACCGUGGAACAAUAUAAGGCUUGCAACCCAGAGGCAUGCAAGCGUAGAUUACCAACUUUUUGGGG